UAAAACUAAAAGGCUCCAGCAGCAGCGUGUGUGGACUCAGCAGGAAGACGGUUGUGUUUGUCGUGUCUCAGCUGAACAUUUGCAUAGUUUCAGCAACAAUGUCUCCAGUUCAGCAUCUGAGAGAGUUUAUCAGAGAGCGACUGACUGCUGCUGCUGAAGAAAUCUUCUCAGAGGUUGAGAAAACCAUCGUCCGCUACGAGGAAGACGUCAGGCGGUUGGAAAGCUGCUGGAGACCCCAGAUAAAACUCACCAGAAUCGACCUCCAUAAGCCACAUGUCUCCAUGGAGGAGGAAGCUUCUGCCGUCCAAAAGUUUUGUGACCAGGGGGGAAGGUCUUGUCAUGACCAGGAGGAAGUAGAGCCACGGUGGACUGAAGAGGAACAGGUGGAACCAGAUCCUCCCCUGAUUGAAGAUCAAGCCCCAGAACCUUCACUGAUUAAAGAAGAAGAUCCAGAAGCUCCUCUAAUUGACGAACAGAGGGAUAAAGGACCUGCAUUGAUUAAAGAAGAAGAAGAGCACCCAGAACCUCCAUUGAUUGAAGAACAGAGGGAUGAAAAACCAAAUGUGAAGCCUGAGUCUUCAUGGGCUAAAGAGGAACAAAAGAUGGAAACACUGAUUGAAGAGCGGGGCGAACCAGCACCUCCAUUGAUUAAAGAGGAAGAAGGGGACCCAGAACCUCCAUUGAAUGAAGAACCAAAUGUGAAGCCUGAGUCUUCCACUGAAUCUCAUACUGGUACAAAAAACAGUCUGUCUCACACCAGAACAAAAAAGAGUCGGCCUAAUUGCGGUACAAAAAAAAAGUCUUUCAAAUGUGACAUUUGUGGAAAAUCUUUAAAGAAGAAUUAUACAUUAAAAAAGCAUUACCAAACCCACACAGGUGAGAGACCUUUUACUUGUCAGACAUGUGGAAAAGGUUUCUCUAGCAAGGGUAAUUUAAAUAUUCACAAGAGAAUUCACACAGGUGAGAGACCAUAUUCUUGUCAGACAUGUGGAAAAACCUUUCACCAGAUUGGUCAUUUAAAUAUUCACAAGAGAAUCCAUACAGGUGAGAGGCCUUUUCCAUGUCAGACAUGUGGAAAAUCUUUUUAUAAAAUUUGUGAUUUAAAUGUUCACAAGAGAACCCACACAGGUGAGAAACCUUUUACUUGUCAGAUCUGUGGGAAAAGUUUCAUUCGUAGUAGUCAAUUAAAUGUUCACAGGAGAAUCCACACUGGUGAAAGGCCUUUUCCUUGUCAGACAUGCGGAAGAAGUUUCUCACAUCUUGGAAAUUUAAAUGUUCACAGGAGAACCCACACAGGAGAGAGACCUUUUCCUUGUCAGACAUGUGGAAAAAAAUUCCGUAGUAACCGUAAUUUAAAUGUUCAUAGGAGAGUCCACACAGGUGAGAGACCUUUUUCUUGUCAGACAUGUGGAAAAAGUUUUUUUCAGAUUAGCCAUUUAAAUGUUCACAAGAUAACCCACACAGGUUAGAGACCUUGUACUCAUGUUUCUGAACAGGAUUACAAACUAUAGUCCAAAUACAUAGGAACCUCAAGUGAUUCUUACCUAAAGAGACUUUGUAUGUAAAACAAUAAUGUUUUGUUCUUUUCAGAGAACGUUUUCAGUAAACAUUGAAAGAAGCAGCAAAAGCAAGUUAAGAUGUAAUUCCUAUUACCACCACCACGAAAAAAAAAUUCCAGCCUCAAGAUUUAUUUAUCUUUUUACUUUAAGCCAUGCUUAGUGCUGGACCUUCUGUUUUAUUUAUGGAUUUCUCCCCUUGCCAUCAUGUUCUUCCAUGCCUGUAUUUAGUUGUUGUGCUGCAACAAAUUUGUACAUUUUAUUCAUUCCUCAUAAUUUUUCUUUAUUCUUUACCUGAACCUGGGUCCUUCAACUUGCAAAUCACGACACUGACCCAUAUGAUCCUGACAAGUUUUAUUUUGCUUAGAAAUAUUCAUUAGGGGGUGCUCAUCAAAGCCAAAAAAAUCAGUCUGUAGAACUUCUACAUAUUUUAGAUUUACAGACUUUAACACUGCUGUUCCGAGUAAAUCAGUUUUAUUGUCAAACAGUAAAGUUAGGCAAGGCAAGGCAAGUUUAUUUAUAUAGCACUUUUCAGCAAAGGCAAUUCAAAGUUACUGAUCCUAAAACUAUAAAUGAAAUAUUUAAAUAAUAUGACUAACAAUUGUGUACAUCAAAAGCUAAGGGGAAAGUUUCAGAUUGGAUAGCUCAACUAGACCUCCCUAAACUGAGUGAAGCAGCAAGAGAGGAAAUGGAGGCUGAUAUCACAAUUCAAGAGAUUGUUAAUACUAUAAAAUAAUUUCUGAAUGGUAAAGGUUCUGGACAAGAUGGUUAUGUUGUAGAGUUAUAUGAAAAAUUCUCUGAGGCACUCGUUCCUCUCUUGCUCAGAAUGUUUACCCACUCAUUUGAUAUUAAAAAAAGUAUCUGUCUAUAUGAAUACCAAUUUUUAACGUGCUCUGUUUGGUAGUGUGGCAUUAAGAAUUGCUGUCUUAAUGCCAAAGUGAGCCCAACAGAUUUACUAUAGUGGAGCAUUAGUACUCCGCUUUAUACACACUUAUACAUUCAUACAUGCAUAUAUGUAUGCAUAUAUGCUUGUCUUCAUUUAGCUCCACCAUCAUUCAAUAGUACUACAAGCACUGGUGCAGCACUAACAGGGUAGAUAAAUGCUGAUAUAAGUAUGUUUUGUGUAACUUAACCGUUCAAGCUUUAACUUUAGAAUUAACUCAUCCAGGUAAUGUAAAUUGUCCGCUACAGCACCCUCUAGCUUCCUUAGUUACUGAAUUGAGUAUU